GCGGCGGGGGCGGCGGCUGAAACCAUGUCCGGGCAGCGCCGGGGGCUGCCGCCGCCGCCGCCGCGAGCCGGGAGCCGCGAUGGCCCCGUGGCCCGCACCUCCUCCGCCUCCGCCUCCGCCUCCACCUCUCUCCGCGCCGCCGCCGCCCGGCGCUUCUGCUAAGGGGCCGCCGGCGCGCAAGCUGCUUUUUAUGUGCACCUUGUCCCUGUCUGUCACCUACCUGUGCUACAGCCUCCUAGGCGGCUCGGGAUCCCUGCAGUUUCCCUUGGCGCUGCAGGAGCCGCCGGGAGCCGCCGCGGAGCCCCCGCCGAGCCCGCCGCCACCCUCGCUGCCGCCUCCCCCCGUGCGCCUCGGCGCCCCCUCGCAGCCGCCUGCGCCUCCGCCGCCGGACAACGCUAGCCGCGGGGAGUCGCCCGGACCCCCGGAGCAGCCCGCCGGCCCCGGAGUGGACGGUUGGGGGCUGGCGAGCGGCGGCGGCGCCCGGGACGCCUGGCUUCGGACCCCGUUGGCCCCCAGCGAGAUGGUCACUGCGCAGAGCGCGCUGCUCGAGAGGGACGCGCCGGAGUCCAGCACUGCCGACGAGGACCUCGCUGGCCGGAGAGUGGCCAACGGGAGCAGCGAGAGGGGCGGCGCCGCCAGCACCCCGGACUACGGGGAGAAGAAGCUGCCACAAGCCCUGAUCAUCGGGGUCAAGAAAGGGGGGACGCGAGCGCUGCUCGAGGCCAUCCGAGUGCACCCGGACGUGCGGGCGGUGGGCGUGGAGCCGCACUUCUUCGACAGGAACUACGACAAGGGGCUGGAGUGGUACAGAAAUGUGAUGCCCAAAACGGUGGAUGGGCAAAUAACCAUGGAGAAGACACCCAGUUACUUUGUCACCAAUGAGGCUCCCAAGCGCAUUCACUCCAUGGCCAAGGACAUCAAACUGAUCGUGGUGGUGAGAAACCCCGUGACCAGGGCCAUCUCUGACUACACGCAGACACUGUCAAAGAAACCCGAGAUCCCCACCUUCGAGGUGCUGGCCUUCAAAAACCGGACCCUGGGGCUGAUUGACGCCUCUUGGAGCGCCAUCCGCAUAGGCAUCUACGCUCUGCACUUGGAGAACUGGCUCCAGUACUUCCCCCUCUCUCAGAUUCUCUUCGUCAGUGGCGAGCGCCUCAUAGUGGACCCUGCAGGGGAAAUGGCCAAAGUGCAGGACUUCCUAGGCCUCAAGCGUGUGGUGACUGAGAAACAUUUCUAUUUCAACAAAACCAAGGGAUUCCCUUGCCUCAAGAAGCCAGAAGACAGCAGUGCCCCAAGGUGCUUGGGCAAGAGCAAGGGCCGGACUCAUCCCCGCAUUGACCCGGAUGUCAUCCACAGACUGCGGAAAUUCUACAAACCCUUCAACAUGAUGUUUUACCAAAUGACUGGUCAGGACUUUCGGUGGGAACAGGAAGAGGGUGACAAAUGAGACAGGAGCUGUGAAGGGAAGGAUAGUGGACAGCUCAGGAGGUUCUUCCCCCGAAUCCUGAACCCCCAAGGUUCUGCAGCAGCUGUGGCCUUGCUGGAGGGCCAUGCACACCCCCUCCUUUGUCUGUUCAGGAUGGCCUCCAGAGAUGUUGGCUUAGAGAGAGGGAGUGGGCCCUCCGACCUCGUGGAGGAACCAAGCUCGCCCGGGCAGCAGCAUCUGGUUGACCAGGUGGCCUCAGAACCCACUGCUUAUCCCUCUUGUCUGCUAGUUUACUGACUCUGUGGACAGAGGAU